AUGAGUAGUUUUAAUCGAAAAGACCUCGAGCAUUGCCCACCCGCGGAAUGCAGCGCUCCGUCAUUGGGCAGCCACAUGGCGGCAGCCGCAGAACCGAUCCAUACGGCACAAACACUAGUCUCAAACGGGGGGUCUAAUCCAAAGGAUCAAUUCACAAAAGAUGUGGAAGUCGAAGAAGGUUCCCAGGAAAGCGGCAAUAAUGGCGAUGAUGAAGAGGUGAUUUUGAGUAACUUUCACUUUGGAUGCGAUGAGGAAGCCAUGAUGGCCCGUCAGGACGGUCUGAGGGCCUACAACGAGUGUCGCUAUUCCGACGCGUUGGACCAGCAGUACCGUGUGGUGCGCUACUUUUCCCAGAAAUACGGUCCCACCGCUUCUCGGUGUGGGGUGUUUUUUCUAGACUAUGCCCUAUCCCAGCUGCGUCUGCUGCAAACCCAGAGCACCAUGGAAGAUGCCCUGAAGCCACGCGAUGAGGAUGCGAUGGAGGCAUGCUUUAUCAAUCUCGAGGUUGCUCGUGUGUCCUUUCAGAAAAAAGAGACCGAAGAUGGCGGCUCUGACGUGGCGACGGAGUUGUCUCUGGCGGAGGUGCACAACGCCUUGGCGCAGCUCCAGAUCGAAAAGGAAGACUACGAUGCCGCCUUGCGCGAAUACGAGGCGGAACUGCUUAUUUAUCGUUCCUUACAAAGCGAAAACAUGGAUGCGGUACCCGCCGGGCGUGUUGUGGGUGCGCUCUAUGGAAUUGCAGAUUGCUUUACUAAGGAGGGGGACUUUGCAGGAGCUGAGGAGCGUUUUCAAAUUACCCUAAAUGAGAUCGCUAAGUACCCUAUCGGUGCGAUUUCGAGUGAAUUGAUCGAGGACAUAAAGGACAUGCUUGAUGAUGCGCGCGAAAUGAAAAAUGGACAGUUUAAUAAGAUCCAAGAACAGAUUCAACAACAAUUUGCGGCCGAUGCGGAGCAAAUGCCCACAGCCCAUGAGUUCUAUGAGGUUGAUGACCGUGAGAAGCAUCCUUUCUUAAGUUCGGUACCCGGCGGUACCGCAGAGCUCAACACAGAGAGUCUAUCAAUGCCUGUUUCAGCAACCGGACAGAUACUCGGGAUGAAUGAGCACAGUAAUAGCCAGUCGAUUUCACUUUUCCCCGCGCAGGGUAGCAGGAGUGAACCUUCGGGUGUCACAGGCCCAAUGAAACAUGCAACGGUGCGCAAAAAACCAAAAAAUAUCGCAUCAGCUCCUUUCAUGACAAUCCCCACGGAGGGUACCAUAGAAGGAUUUGAGGCUAAGAGAUUGCGAACGGAAACCUAA